CAACGACAACACCACCACUUCCCUCUAACACCACCUACCACCGACAAGAUGGGUCACGCCGCAGGUCUCCGCGCUGGUACUCGCUAUGCCUUCUCUCGCGACUUCAAGAAGAAGGGUAUGAUUGCGCUCGGCACGUACCUUAAGACCUACCGAGUUGGAGAUAUCGUCGAUGUCGUGGCCAACGGAGCUGUUCAAAAGGGCAUGCCAUACAAAGUCUACCACGGUAAGACUGGUGUUGUCUACAAUGUCACCAAGUCCGCUGUCGGUGUCAUUCUGUACCGUCAGGUCGGCAACCGCUACAUCGAGAAGCGCAUCAACGUCCGCGUCGAGCACGUCAAGCACUCUCGAUCGCGUGACGAGUUCUUGGCCCGUGUCAAGACCAACGCCGCAAAGCAGAGGCACGCCAAGGAGACUGGCGAGCACGUCCACUUGAAGAGACAGCCAGCUCAGCCCCGUGAGGCUCGCACUGUUAGCGCCAAGGACAACAAGCCGGAGAACGUUACUCCAAUUGCCUACGAGACCACGAUCUAGAGGCUGUUGUUGUUCUUUUUGGGCGUGGCGCAUGUGAUGGGAUGGAAAAUGAUACUCCAGGCAAUGAAGAGCAGCGGCGGCAGAAGAUAUGCCUUCUGUUGGUUCUGCCAUUCUCCAUAGUGAGCAAAACGAAGCUACAUGCAUGAACACCACUUUAUACUUGAUUUCCU